UAUGCAUAGCUCUACGAGUAAACUAAACGGAGAAGAAAAUCGAUCUCUCUUCAUUUCACUCCCAAAACCAAAUUAUUGUUCUUCUCUAUUUUUCUCAUUUUAAUCCCAAUUUUCGUUGGUGUCGUAACAUAUCUAUUUGAUUUCACUACUCAUUUGUUUCUUGUUUUUGUUGUUUUUGUUAUAUCUUUCCCUUCACGUGAAAGUGAAGAACUUAUCUAAACCUUGCUCAUAUAUUUUCCGUGAAAUUUGUUUUCAUAACAAUUUUGAAAAAUAUUCUACUCGUCAAACAGAAUUUGGUCGUUGGAACAAGAAAAUAUAUGGUUGAUAUGAAGAUGAGAUCCAUAUUAUGGGUAUUAUUGUUGUUGUUUGGUUGUUUUGGGAUUGUUUACGGUGAAAGAAAGUUUGUGAAAAUUCAAGUACCAAGUUUUAAUGUUACUUCUACGAUGAUUCAAGAACAUAGUUUUCUCAGAAAAGCUGUUAAUUUCUUAUGGAAAUCAGAUGGAUCGGGUUAUACACACGUGUGGCCGGAAAUGGAAUUUGGGUGGCAAAUUGUGUUAGGUUCUUUUAUUGGAUUUUGUGGGGCUGCGUUUGGAAGUGUUGGUGGAGUUGGUGGUGGAGGCAUAUUUGUUCCUAUGCUUAGUCUUAUUAUUGGUUUUGAUCCUAAAACAUCUACGGCUAUUUCUAAAUGUAUGAUCAUGGGUGCAGCUCUGUCAACUGUUUACUACAACCUUAGGCUAAGACAUCCAACCUUAAACAUGCCAAUAAUUGACUAUGAUUUGGCACUUCUGAUUCAACCUAUGCUCAUGCUUGGUAUCAGUAUUGGAGUGGUCUUCAAUGUUGUAUUUCCUGAUUGGAUGGUCACUAUAUUGCUUAUUAUUCUUUUCUUAGGAACAUCAACAAAAGCAUUCUUUAAAGGGAUGGAGACAUGGAAUAAGGAAACCAUAAUGAAAAAGGAGGCUGCUAGGAGACAAGAAUCAGUUGGUUCAGGAGAAUACAAAGCUCUUCCAACUGGACCAGAUGCUGCCACUGAAAAGGAAGACACCAAGGUGUCUAUGUUUGAAAAUGUUUACUGGAGGGAGUUUGGGCUACUAAUGUUUGUUUGGGUUUCAUUCCUUGCAUUACAGAUUGUUAAGCAAAAAUACACAACUACAUGUUCGACAGCAUAUUGGGUACUGAACUUGUUGCAGAUUCCAAUCUCCGUUGGGGUAACUGCGUACGAGGCAACUAUGUUGUUCACUGGAAGAAGAGUAAUAGCUUCUGUUGGUGAUCAAGGGAAAGAAUUUACCGUUUUCCAGCUAGCGAUCUAUUGUGUCUUCGGCAUAUUGGCCGGUAUAGUCGGUGGAAUGCUGGGACUAGGAGGCGGAUUCAUUAUGGGUCCACUUUUUCUCGAGCUCGGUGUUCCUCCUCAAGUAUCAAGCGCAACGGCCACGUUUGCAAUGACAUUCUCCUCGUCUAUGUCUGUCGUGGAAUACUACUUGCUGAAAAGAUUUCCAGUUCCUUAUGCUCUUUACUUAAGCCUGGUGGCUACUGUUGCAGCCUUGGUUGGACAACAUAUUGUGAGAAGACUUAUUAUAUUGUUUGGAAGAGCUUCUCUUAUCAUCUUUAUUCUAGCCGGCACAAUAUUUAUCAGCGCAGUCUCACUAGGUGGAGUUGGCAUUUCAAAUAUGGUGCACAAGAUUGCAAUGCAUGAAUAUAUGGGAUUUGAGAACAUAUGCAAAUAUGGGUCAUAGCACUUUUAUGAAGAUUAUUUUUUUAGUGUGUUUACAUUAUAUCCAAGUUAGGCCAAGAGCAAAGGUGGCCAAGAUAGAUUUUUUAUCAUGUUAGAAGGUGUAAUUUUUUUCUUUGUUAUUGCCAAGUUAUGGAGUGAUGCUGUAGGAAACUCAGAAACUUGUAUUUUUUCACCUUGUUCAAGUCAUUUAGAUUUUUAAGACUUAUGUGAUGUGAAUCUUAUUGUGUCAUUCAAUGAAAAUUUGACAAUAAUCCGGUUUGUGAAA